AGAAAGUUCUGCUGAGCUGCAAGCUAACCAAUCAGAGUGCAGUUAGGAUUUGGCUUUUUCCUGUCAUCACUGUGCGACACCGACUGCACAUGUUACAAUCUGGGACAGUCAGCUGAUCCUGGAGGUUACACACAAUGUUGUCUCUCCGGGCUGCUCUGCAGAGAGGUGUAAACUGGAACUGCUGUAGGGGAUUCUCUGUGUCUCAUCAAGCUUAUCACCCUGGGAAGAAGGUACAAUACAUACAUUUAUCCCAAGUUUACAUUAUAUGAAAAGGCUCUUGCCUGGACAUAAUUCUGUAUGGCAGAAGUGCACAAGCUUCUUAUUUUUUUUUUUUACAGCUAAUAUAAAGAACACAUUAACUGAGUGCCAAGGGGGUACAGGUGUCACCUGUCUUACUCAAAGGGAUAAAUCUCUCCUUCUCCCCCCCCCACCCCCAUAUUAAUUUACACGUUAACAUACCUAUUACACAUGUUGCAUAAUAGACUUUGGUCAGAGUUCUAGUUGGGAUAUUUAAUCUGGAAAUGAAUAACCUUGCAUUUGAAUCAAUUUUGACAUAGCCUGUUAUGCAUGGAACAUUGCUCUGUGCCCCAAAAUGAUUGCUUCAGUAUUGUUCUUUCCACUUCCUAGAUUUAUUUUUUUGUAUUUUUUUUUUUUAUUGUACCCGGUAUUUAAAUUGUAUCCCAGAAGUGUUUUUCAAAGUAUUAAACAUGUUAUCAAUAGAUAUGUAUUAAGCUUUCGAUAUGUUUUGGUGUGGCUAAAAUUAUUUAAUGGAAAAAACAAAACAAAACUAGUCAUUAAAAGAAAUAGGUUUAAAAGUUGCUGUGUAUUAUAUCUACGUCCUGCAAUUAACUGUAAAAUAAUAAAUAAAUUAACAGCUUGAUAGUUCUAACCCCUUCACUUAUUAAAAUAUUAUUUGGGCUGCCUCCACAAAAUAUACUUUUUACAGUUUUGCAGAAAUCAGUGCAAACGUUUUAGCAGCAAUAUUGGGCACCAAAUGACAAAAGGGUAACAGAGGAACCUAAAUGCAUGCUGAUUUGUUACCAAAAUAGUGACUUCAAAUAUCAGUUGUCAUUAUAGUAAUCUUGUAAUAAUGCUUUGUUCAUAAGAUAGUAGCAUAGACAUAGUUAGAAUUCUCGCGGUAUUGGCACACCUAGCUCAUUUUGUUACCAGUGCAGAGUUAGUCACUCUGGAUAAUAGUGGAUAGAGCAGAGGCUAAAAUAGCUGAUUUUAAUUAAAUAUCAGGAUCAGCUUUGUAAAUCUACUUUUUGUUAGCUACUAUGAGUUUACUGGAUACUGUUGUGUGCGUGCACAGGCUACAGUGAUAAACAUCCUUAUCUAAUACAUAUAUUAGAGACAGUAACUUGGCACUGAGAAUAGUAAGAGUCCCAGUCCACAGCUUCUUGACUGCAGGUGUACACCGUCACCUAAUGUGGACAAUGAAGAUGUUGUGGACUCUGACUCCUGUAACACCCAGAAAGACUGUGCCUGACAUCGAAUGAUGGGUUUAACUGACCAUAGUCGCUUAAGUGAAGUGGUCAUGGUGCCUCGAGUAUUUAUGUUCAGCGAAUCGCUAUGAAAUACCUGGUCUCGCUUACCCAUCCCUUCCCCCACACUUAGUGCAGGUCUAUUGCUCAAUCAGUUUAUCUUAUAUCUUAGGUUUUCGUUUCAUGUUGUAGGCAUCUAGAUGCCUUUUUUAUUUUUUUAUAUUCUUUGCAUACAUUUUAGUAUGGUUUACUGGAUAUGCUUUCUUGAAUUUUAUAUCUGACCAUGCAUGGCCUUGAUAUAACAAGCUUGCCAGUUAAAAAACACAGUUAGAAAACUUUCUAAAUGACGUAUCUACAGAAGUCUACAAUAAAGCCUAUGGGAAUGUUUGUAGAUAAAUCAUUUAGGAAGUUUUUGGAAAGCGUAUUAAAUUGAGGCCCAUGUACUUUUGUGAAUUACCAUACAUUAUUCUGUAUCACUAACUGUUUAUUCUCACUUUAUCACCAACUUAUUAUUUUGUGUGUGUGUGUGUGUGUGUGUGUGUGUAUAUAUAUAUAUAUUAUAAAAAUGCUUAUCACCCUCAUUGUACAGCACUGCCAUAUAUGUUAGUGGUCGACAUAAAAUGAUAAAGACGAAAGACUGAUACAGGGGAAACAAAACCACAUUAUACUACAUGGGGUUAGUGUUAAUAAUGUCACAUUGUCAGUUGGUACAUUUAGCUUCUGAAUGUCACAGUAAUCAAGGCUGUUAUGCGGAUGUGUGCACAACAGACAAUAGAUUAAAGAUCAAUUUUAUUACCUUUUGUAAAAAAUAAAAAUCUGAAUUAAAAAUAAAUCAUAACAAUAAUGUGAUUUUAGGGCCUUGUCUUGGGAGUAUACGAAACUGAGAAGGAAGAGGAGAACUUCAAAUUCACAAAUGCAGGUGAUUCGUUUGAUAAGGUUGUUUCCGGAAAGCUGCGGGAUCAGUUAACGAGGUAACCUCCAUUUUAUGCAACCAUAACCACAAUAUUCUCCAAGUAGGCAUUACUUGGAGAAUGUUAAGAUACUCUGUGUUUUUUAAAAGAUGCACUGCCAAAAUAAAAAAAGGAUGCACUCUUCACACUCAAUGGAAAACUUUAUUUGAUCACAACUGACAAAUGAUCGAUAUCCUUCAUACUAGAAAUAAUAUUCAUUAUAAUAGUAAAGUUGCAUGUUUUUUUUUUUUUGUUUUUUUUUUAUUAAAACUGAGCUAUAUUUCUUUUUCUCUGUUACUAAGCUAAAUUAUACUUUUUGUCUUUUUCAAAUAUUUCACCUUUUCCUUAUGGAUGCAAAGAUCUGGUCCUUCACUCAAAAAAGGCAAAACACGAAUGUUCUACGGCUUACAUGAGGUAUUUCUCUAUGUUAAAUUAAUGAUCAGAUUGAUGUUGCUGGUGCCCUGUUUUUGAAACUCAAGUAUCUAGCGAGCCUUACAGAAUUAACAACCUCUUUAUCCAGAGGAGCGGUGGAAAAAAAUCUGCUUGUCCAAAGGAAUAAAGCAGUAGCCCUAUCUAUUUGUCCAUCUUAACCAUCACACACUUCCAGUACUAGUCCUAUUUUUCCCAGGUCCCCCUGUUGUAGCUGCUUGCCCAUAACAGGGCAUAUGGCAAAAAAACAAAAAACUGCCUGUGCGGCUAAGGGAAGGUGCUUCCUUACUCUUCCACAAAAUAUUCAAUGUUCAGAAAUACAUUUUAUGUUUCUAACCAUUUAAAUACUUAUGCAAAACCCAAAUAACGCCAAAAUGCAUUCAGUAAUGGUGGCAAUAUAUUAAACUGUAUGCAUCCUAAUGGGACAUCUAUAUUUGUUGUUUCUAGUCCUGUCCUCAAGGUACACAAAUGGUCCCAGUUGUCUUGGUAUUUUACAUAGAAACAUAAAUGAGAAAUGCUUAAAGGGAAACUACAGUGCCAGGAAAACAAAUUUGUUUUCCUGGCACUAUAGUGCCCCAUCCCUUGCCCCUCCUCCCCAUGGUGCAGAAGCCCUUCUGUCACCUGAUUCUAGCACCAAUGUCCUUCGUCACUGGUUCAGGCUCCGCUUUCGCUCCUCCCCCCACUGACUUCAACCUUAUACAAUGUUUUCCUAUGGGGUUUUGGGUGACGCUUGAUAUCCUUAUGCAUAGUGUGAGAAUGUACAGCGUCAGUGAGGUGAAUAAAAGUCGCCUAACGACCGGAAGUCCCUCGGGUAGACCACAACUAGAGGUGGAGUAAACCAUAUCAGGUAAUUAUUGCAGUUUAUUAAAAACUACAAUAUUUAUCACAGCAGGUUUAAGGGACCUAGGGCACGGCACCCAGACCACUUUAAUGAGCUGAAGUGGUCUGGGUGCUCAUAGUGUCCCUUUAAAUUCUAGACUUGACGACUGGGUUGGGGACUAUUGUGUCUAGAUUUUAACGUUUGGCAUUCUUAUUUAGAGCAGCUAUUAAUUAGUGGACACAAAGAGCAGGUGACCUUAGGCUGUUAACACUUAAAGCAGACAGUUUAUUUUGGCAAAAUACCACUCCCUGAUCCAAUAGCUGGUUGAGGUUUCUGAUGUUAAUGUUCCACAGCAGUCUGUGCUGCAUACUUCAUACCUUGCAAUGAAAGGGCUAAAGUGUAGGGUAAAUGAAAUCAGAACGUGGUGGGCAAUAGGUGCAGUAUUAAUAGUGUAACACCUACAUAUGGCAGUGGUCUUCUGUAGCUGGACUCCUGUAAUGUUUACAAAAGUUCUCAAUUAUAUUUUGAAUUUGUUGUUUACCUCUAUGAUAAUUUAUAUGUUUAUUACCUAUGGGGAGGGGGCUCUAAUUAAAGGACCACUAUAGGCACCCAGACCACUUCAGCUUAAUGAAGUGGUCUGGGUGCUAGGUCCAUCUAGGGUUAACCCUUUCUGCUGUAAACAUAGCAGUUUCUUAGAAACUGCUAUGUUUACCUAUGGGUUAAUCCAGCUUCUAGUGGCUGUCUCAUUCACAGCCGCUAGAGGCGCUUCCGCAAUUCUCACUGUGAUUUUUCACAGUGAGAAGACGCCAGCAUCCAUAGAAAAGCAUUGAAAAUGCUUUCCUAUGGACUGGCUGAAUGCGUGCGUGGCUCUUGCUGUGCAUUCAGCCGCUGAGGGAAGAAGAGGGAGGAGAGUCCCAGCGCCGAGGGAGCUCGGCGCUGGAAAAGAGGUAAGGGAUUAACCCCUUCCUCCCCCUUCAGCGCCACGGGAGUGGGACCCUGAGAGUGGGGGCACCCUCAGAGCACUAUAGUGUCAGGAAAACGAGUUUGUUUUCCUGGCACCAUAGUGAUCCUUUAAGUAAAUCGUUGGGACCAGUUUGAUCAGUUUUUUUGGUUUUUUUUGUUGUUCAUUUUGUUUUUGUUUGUUUUUUAUGUAUCAGCUUGUAUUUAAUCAGAGAUAUCCAGGAGGCAUAAUGGAAUGUUGAUGUGCACCCCACAAAUAGAAGAAAUAAACCAGAUCCAAGACCGUAUACAUUCUCCUCUCUAUUCACACUCAGAUUUCUCUUAUUUUGCCUUUAGUUAUUAACUAUCGAUUUGGUAAUGAAAUUAGCCGUGUCUCACUGCAUAAACCAAACAUGGCUACUGCAAGUUACAUUCUCAGUACCAUUUUGUGAGCUAUACAGUUGCUUCCCUGCAGUGUGUUUGAGAAUUCAAGCUCACUAGAGUGAUCAAGAGAAGAGCAUGAUCUUAUUAUGUUACCUGAAACAACCUUUUAAACUGUAAUUAGAUAACUGUGCUUUCAUAAUAAAUUUUCUUUGUGAUUGAUUUAUUAACAGAGACUAGUUGCAUUACUAUAUCAAUUUCACUACUGGUCUCACAGAAAUGGUUUAAGCAUAGCCAUUUUCUGUUUUUUUUGCAAUAGGACUUCCCUAGUGUUCUCGUGGUGGGACUUGGUAAAAAGUCAGCUGGCAUCGAUCAUCUGGAAAACUGGAAUGAGAGCAAGGAAAAUAUCAGGACUGCUGUCUCAGGUAAUUUGUCAUUUGCAAGUGUGACCUGUGAUAGUAGAGCAGUGAUAAUGUCACUUUUACCAGUAAGUGUCCUUUGGCAAGACACCUAACGAUAUAUAUCCACCUACCUUAAAUCAUUAUAGAUUGUAAACUUGUUUGAGCAGGGCUUUCUUUACCGUUUUAUAUCCAUUUUCUAUUGUGUAAAGAGUUUCAGAAUAUGUUGGCGCUAUAUAAAAUCAUAAUAAUAAUAAUAAUAAUAGCACCAUUUAGCAUACUAAGUGUCUCAUAUUGGACUUCUAGGCUUGAUUCUCUUUCAGCAUCCUGCGGCCCCUGGUUUCUACACAGUGUUGAUGUUAAGUCUAUAGACAGUGCCUUUCUCAACACAAUCACGUAUGAUAAACUGAAACUACCUUAAAGCGGCAUUGUCCCGCACAACUGUAAAAUGUAUAUUUAAUUUCAUUUCGCUGCUAUCUACAAAUUUCAGUCCCCCAGUAGUCAGCAGUGGCUGCUGCAAGGAAUUGACUCUAUCUAUGGAGGAUUCCGCAGUUUUGCCAGAUCCUCUGCAGACCUCAAUGCUGUACACAUGCACACGCGAGUGUGAAAACAAUAGUUCCCCUUUUAAAGGAUCUCUCCAUUUGUAUUACAAGACGUUUUUUCUUUACUUGCUUGCACAGUGGGUUGCAGACAGAUGCAAGAUCUAGAGGUUGUGCAAGUGGAAGUGGACUCUUGUGGUGAUGCACAGGCUGCAGCAGAGGGUGCAGUUUUAGGGCUGUUUGAAUAUGAUGAACUCAAGAAGAAAAAGAAAAAAGUGGUUGCCACACAGUUAUAUCAAAGGUAAUAAGACAAAAAUAAAGUUUAGUACUCCUCCCAGGCGGAUUGUGAUAAUGCUUUCCUGGUGAUUGCUUACUUGUUUUCUUUUAACACCUAAAUAAAACCAAUUCUGUUCGAGUAAGUUUUAAUUACCUGUGGUCUUCUAGCCAAGACCAAGCAUCCUGGCAAAAGGGUGUCCUGUACGCAGAAGGCCAGAAUCUGGCUCGUUACUUGAUGGAAGCCCCAGCAAACUACAUGACGCCCACAAAGUUUGCAGAGAUUCUAGAACAGAAGUUGGGAGCAUUCAAAGACAAUGUCAGGGUUUUCACCAGGUAAGAGUGAUCACUCCAUGCAUCACACUGACUCACUGACCCAUUCACUUUUUUAAGUAUUUAAUCUCCACUGCUGUAAAUCACUGCAUGACUAGAUGGUUUUCUGUUAAAAAAUUAAAAGGGUGGGGGAACACUGAUUUAUUAGGACACUUCUGGAUUAAACAUAAUGCAGAAAAUGCAUCAGAAUAUUAAAUUAAAUAACUAGAGCCCAGUAAUUCACCUGUGAAUGUCCGCCUCCAUGUCCAGAACAAUCCUCCAUGAUAUGUGCAAAUGAUAGAGUGAUCCAAGACACCAGGCUAACUUUAUUCAUCCCUAGAAAUGAAGAGGUAAUAUACGGACCCACUUGCAAAUGCAAAUGAAAAACACUAGUUGGCAUGCUGUACACAAUGCACAAAGUUUGAUGUGUGUUGACUGCGCUAGUCUUUAUGAGUAUUAAUUUACAGCUCUGUAAAAUCCAAAUCUCCUGCCUGUAGAUUUAUAAGGAAGAAGGGAAUAUGUAGCCGAAAAACACUGACAAUAAUGAGACUUGUGGUUGGUAUUUGUCGCAUUUGCUGAUUUAUGUGUUUUUUUUUUUCUUUCUUUGUGUAUAAUUAUGUGGCCGGAUUGCAGUUAAACAAAUGUUCAAUUUUUAAGGACAAAGCCCUGGAUAGAGGAACAACAGAUGGGAGCAUUUUUAAGUGUAGCUAAAGGAUCUGACGAGCCACCAGUAUUCUUGGAAAUACAUUAUCAGGGCAGCACGGACUCCAGCCAGUCCCCUCUCGUGUUUGUUGGCAAAGGCGUUACAUUUGACAGGUACAAUAUCCAUUUAUAUUGUGUUCGGUUGUUUUCGUUUGUUUGUAAACAGAUUUGGGUAGGCUGCAACAAGCAAUAAAUACCAAUAUUUAUUUAUUUUAUUUAUUAUUGCCAUUUAUAUAGCGCCAACAGAUUCUGUAGCGCUUUACAAUAUUAUGAGAGGGGAUUUAACUAUAAAUAGGACAAUUAUAAAUAAACUUACAGGAACAAUAGGUUGAAGAGGACCCUGCUCAAUCGAGCUUACAUUCUAUAGGAGGAGGGGUGUAAAACACAUUAGGACAGGAAUUUGCAAUCAAAUAAGGUGGGCUGCCCUUUAGGAGAGGGCAAGAGACGGGUAUGUGGGGUAGGGGUUAGUCUUGGAGGCCAUAAGCUUUCCUAAAGAGAUGGGUUUUAAGGCACUUCUUAAAAGAUGCAAAACUAGGGGAGAGUCUGAUGGCGGGAGGCAGGCUAUUCCAUAGGAAGGGAGCCACCCGCGAGAAGUCCUGCAAGCGCGAGUUGGCCGUACGGGUGCGGACAACGGACAGGAGGCGGUCACGGGCAGAGCGGAGAGACCGAGAAGGGACAUACCUGUGGAUCUGUGCGGAGAUAUAAGAGGGGCUAGAGUUGUUCAGUGCUUUAUAGGUGUGAGUUAGUGCCUUGAAUUGACUCCUAUAGUACACGGGAAGCCAAUGUAAGGACUGGCAGAGGGGUGAGGUGUGAGAGAACCGACUAGAGAGGAAAAUCAGUCUAGCAGCAGCGUUCAUUACAGACUGUAGGGGUGCAGUACGGCUUUUGGGAAGACCAAGCAGGAGAGGGUUACAAUAAUCCAUGCGUGAAAUUAUUAGAGCAUGGACAAGCUCCUUGGUAGUAUCUGGUGCAAGAAAGGGGCGGAUGCGGGCUAUGUUUUUAAGAUGGAAUCUACAGGAUUUGGCAACAUGCGGGAUGUGAGGCUCAAAGGUGAGACCAGAGUUAAGUAUAACGCCAAGGCAGCGCGCUUGCAGGGAUGGGCUGAUGUUGGUACCACAAACUUGAAGGGAGAGCGAAAGAGGAGGAUCAGUAUUAGGAGGAGGAAAGACAAAAAACGUUACCCCAAUUUUAUCCGAAAUGAGAGGCUUAUAAAGAAAUGUUUGUGAGUUAAUAGUUGUAAGUUUUAAAUUGUGGGAAACAUUCAGAUAUAAUCUAACCAUAAACAAUGUGUGUAUUCUGAUUAUAAUAUCUCAUUUACUGGGUUAUUCUGUAUGAUUUUUUUUUGGGGUGGAUUAAAAGUAAAUUUUAAAGUUAAGGCCAAAAUAGGUAAACUCAAAACAUUGCUGACUCAUUUUUUUCCAUAAAAUUCUGUUUUGGAUUCCUGAACGUUUACAUAUUAGUGAACAACUAACUGUUGCCUAAUCGGGGCACACCCAAUCUUCUCGAUAUUUUACUGCUCCUUUUCUCCAGUAUUAACACUAACACAAAUAGAACACUAGACCCUAAGGUCUAUGUAUCUCCUGCUAGUAAGAUCACACCAGUACCGUCAAAGAGCUGGACUCUAACCUACAAUACAACAGAGAGAAAACGAAAACAAUACUGGUGAAGCAUUGGAUUCCUUUGAAUUGAUGUUUGAUAGAUACACUAUAUAUAUAUUAUGUUAGGUUCUGUACCUGAUUAUUACUGUGAGUGCAAUUGUUCACCAGUCUGUUUCCUUUUUCUCCAUUAUACAUGCAUGAGCUUAUGGAAUCACUUGGAAUUUGGAAUUGUUUGAACCUUGGAGAAUCCCGUUGUAAAUGUGAAUCAGUUUCUCAACUGUUAAAAAGUCUCAGCCAAUGUGGGUGUUACUGUAUUCCUGAUAGAUGAGCUCCUCAGUUGGGGGAGUUGGGAGUCAGCUCCCUACAACUCUGGAAAAUUGUUCAUAGUAGGGAUGUUGGCUGGUGCUGCAGAUGUGUCAUGGUUUUUAACAAAGCAUAAAUAUGAGGCCAAAACCUAUAAAAUGCGCUUAUGAAGCACAGAUCAUUUCUGGAUGUCUUUUAAACCUAUUAAAUAAUAAUUUGUAAAAUAUGGACAUGUAUCUGUUUUGUUCUAGUGGUGGAAUUUCAUUGAAGCCUUCAUCGGGAAUGGAUGCCAUGAGAGCAGACAUGGGUGGAGCUGCCACAGUGUGUUCCGCCAUCCUGACAGCUGCUACAUUAAAAUUGCCCUUAAACAUUAUUGGUGAGUUUAAAAAAAAAAAAAAAAAUGUGUGUGUGUGUGUGUAUAUAUAUAUAUAUUGGAAGAGACAUAAAAUAGUAACAAAACAUUCCUACUAGAUCCUAAUACUUGGAAAGAUCAGAGCUUCUAAAAUAAAUAAAUAGUUUUCUCAGUCCAAUGACAAUAUCACAAGUUUUUUUUGAGAUCCUAAUUGAAACCAGUGCUGAGGUUCCAGGAUUCCAGGAGUUCUACACAUAGGACAUAUGAGAUGUUCAGUCCUAUUCAGGUCUAAGGCCACUAUAGCUUCUAUUGCCCCAUAUGGCAGGAGCGUAGCCCUGUGGCUGGUCUGCACCAUCACAGAUUUAGAUUUAAUUUUAAAUAACGCAUUGUAUUCAUCUGAUUUCUCAAGGCUUGGCUGCACUGUGUGAAAAUAUGCCAAAUGGAAGAGCAAACAAACCCGGGGAUGUUGUGAAAGCUAAAAACGGGAAAACAAUUCAGGUAAAAUUCUCAGCAUUUUUAUUUGUAAUUUAGUAUAUUGUAAAUAUGGCAGUAACUUUGUCAGUGCCAUCCUUCCUUUCUUGUGUAUUCAUAAACAAAUAUGACUUUCAUCCUGGUUAACCACACACAUUGAUUAAAGUGAUAUUGUAAGAACUGGCAACAUGGCUGAUUUGGUUUAUGCACAAGUUGUAAAAUCUGUGAAAAACUUAGGUUCUAUUUUCAGCAGAGUGAGUUAAAACCUUGUUUAAAAUUGCAGUGUGUUUGUGCAUGCUCAGAUCUACUUUUAAGACAUCCUUUGUAGUAACCUAAGGCAGUUUUGUCGCUGUCCUGUCUAUUGAUACAGUUGUUUUAUUUUAGGUGGAUAAUACUGAUGCAGAGGGGAGGUUACUCUUGGCUGAUGCUCUGUGCUACGCACACAAUUUCAAUCCAAGAGCUAUAGUAAACGCUGCAACUCUAACAGGUAACUUUGUCAUUAUACAGGGUGGGCCAAAAUUCAGAGUAGGGUUUGAAGAGUCAAUAACUUUUUUAUUUAUGAACCAAUUUCAAUGAUGUUCCAUACAGUGAAUACUUAACGUAUGGAGAUUUGUUCGACUAGAUACAGAAGAUUACAUCUUUUAAAUGAGUACCAUUUGCUGCCUUGCAGAGUUGGCACCAAACUGUGCAUUUUUAGGGUGCAAUUGGAGCUGAUGAAUGAUCAGUGGAUUUUCUGUACCACAGAAAUUACGGUUUUGCUUUUUGAUUUAGCCAUUUAAAAGAAAAUAAGCUUUGUUGCUCUAGUUUCCAAAUCAUUGUCACUGUGGGUCCAUUUCUUAUGUUGAAGUAGCAGCAGUAAGCUCUUUGCAUCAAAAUAAUGGACCUGCCAUUUUGAAAAUAAAAUUCCACUAUUUUUACUCGUUCAAUUCUAGGUUAUAGUUGACGCCCAUUUUAAUAUAUGGUAUACAUAAUGCAUGAAUAAAAUGAAAAAUGAAAAAAAACUAUCUUACAAAAUAAAAGGCAUUUGUCAUUGAUCUUUCUUAUGCUGCAAAUAUCCAAGAUUUGCAUAUGCACAAGUAAGUCAUGAAAAUAUCUGAAAAGCUUUCGGACAGUUCUGGCACCCCAGUUAUCUUUAAUAGGAGUGCAGGGUGUAACCAAAUAUGGAAUGAUAGACAGCUUCAUUCAUGAAACAACAUGAAAGAAACUGUUGUGGAAACUGAUUAGCGCUACAUAGCUUCUAUAAGCUUACAGAUGGCUCAAUGAGAAGUCUUUGCAAGGCAGGUGCUCUGGGCAAUUGUUGCCUCUCGAGUUUAGCUCAAUUGAGCUAACCAAACCAGGAAGUAACAUGACAGGCUGUAUGCCAGCCAGGGGGAGUAACCAAGUUAAGUUCUAAAAGUACCAAUUUCUAUUUAAAACUGUACUUUUUGUAAAAUGAAAAACUUCACACAUAAAGUACUUAAGCAAGCUAUAGUUAUAGUGCUCUAGGGGUCUGGAGUGUUUUUUCUACCAGAGAUAUCCCUUGUAGCUGCUAGUUUUGUUGUAAUUUAUUGAUUAAUAAAUUGAACAUGUUAAUUCUGAGCAGUUUGGAUUUGUGGUGUCUCUUGCGCUGGUUGCAACUGUAAUCUAUUACAAACCUAUUGUUACUGUUUACACCAAAAUUCUGUUUUUGUUUUGUAGGUGCAAUGGAUGUAGCAUUGGGGUCUGCAGCUACUGGAGUUUUUACUAAUUCCUCUUGGCUUUGGACACACCUUCAAGAGGUAGAGUUUUUAGUUUUAAGUUUGUUUUUUGCAAAAUUCUCAAAACAAAAUACAACAAAAACCUGUAUUAACAGACAGACGAAGUACACAGGAAUAACACCUAAGUCUUGUAGUAUGAAUCCUCUUCAGUCCAAGAGGACGUACAAUAGUCCAAUGAAUUAUAGAAUAUUCAUAAUACAUUAAAAUUAGAGUACUGAAUUUGUGUUUUUUUUUUUUUUCUUUUUUAGUAUUAGUAGUCUACAGAUACACCUAAAAACCAAAAUAUGUGACUUGUCUGGUGUAAAUCCAAAUGUGUCUGUUUUAUUCCUCUGAGAGGAUAGUCAGGCGUCUCAAUGUUACAAAUAGUCUACUACCUAGAAUUAAGACUGGGGAUAUUUCAAGGAUCAAAUGUAUGUUGCAGUAUUAAUAGUGUUGGUUCCCAAGUAGAGAAAGGCACUGGAAACCAAAACAAGUUUGUUUAUUUUUUAAAGUGCAUAUGUGCAUGUUUUCUAAUACUAUUGCACAACUUGUUAACAGAUAUCAUCUUUAUCUCUUAGGCCAGCAUUGUGACUGGAGACCGUGUAUGGCGGAUGCCUCUAUUUGACCAUUAUAGUAAACAAGUUACAGAAUCCACACUUGCAGAUCUUAACAAUGUUGGGAAAUAUAGCAGGUAAUAUGCCAGAUUACAGGGAUAUUUUUAAUGAGUGCGAAAAAAAACAUUUGUGAGAGAGUCUCUUCUGAUGUUCUUCUUUCUGGCAUGGAUGAAUGAUUUCACUCUGGUUAGUUUCAGAUUAAAAAUGUAUGGCCAAAGGGCAGCAUUGAUGCAAUAAUAAGUGACUGAGCCAGGAACAAUAACACUUGCAUAUUCCGCUCUACUGCUAGUGAUUAGGCACAGUAGGCUUGUGUAAACACAGGUUGCUCUUUGAGGGUUGAAUGUGCACAUCUUACAUAUAUGUUGGUCCAAUUAAGUAAGGAUUCUAUUCUGAAACACUUUAAAUGGACACUAUAGGCAUAAAAACAACUUUACCUAAUGAAGCAGUUUUAGUGUGUAGAUCAUGCCCCUGGAGUCUCACUGCAAACUUUGCUCACUUUUUUGUUUCUUUUUAUACAGCCCUAGCUGCACCUCCCAUGAAUGACAGCCUGGAUGAAAAUGGGUUAAUUUUCAUUCAAAUGAUAACUUGCUUUAGAAGUUUUUAUCGGUUGCUCUGUAAAUGGAGCUUUAUUCACACACAGGAUUCUCCUCCUGGGUCUGGAAGGGGAUUAACAGAGCAGGAAAUAAGACAUUCAGGAAUAAACAGAAUAGACAAUAAAAUAUCCUAGAAUAUCUAGGUUCCUAUUCAUGAAGUGUUUAGGAAGGCUAUGUAAGUCACAUGGAGGGAGGUGUGACUAGGACUCUAUAAAGAACGUGAUUUAACUCCUAAAUGGUAGAGAAUUGAGCAGUAAAAAUGCAGGUAAAUUAUUUAUGCACCAAAACCGCCUCAUUGUUGUUUUGGUUCCUAAGAUAUCCCUUUAAGGUUUGUUUGGAAGCUAAGUAGUGAUGGGUUGAUAAGAACCUGGGCUUUCAACACUAGCUUUUGUCAUUUUUAUAUAUCUAUAUAUUUAAAAAAAAAAGAAAAAAAAACAACUAAAAUAGUUAUUUCCGGAUAUCAGGUUCCAGCUCCAGGCGCAAGUUGGCAAUGUGGAAGUUUAGCAAAUGUCCUUCACAUUGUCUAUAAUCUGUACUGAAAAUGCUCCACUCUGGAGUAAUCACAGAACGUGCCAUGUAGAGCACAGUCAGCUUCCAUAUACCUCCAUACAACCAGCACUGGAACUGGCUAUAUAACUUUAAACCAGGCUGAAAAUAUCCACUAAUGCAUUUUACUAGGUUGAUUUUAUAAAUAUGUUUAGCUGAUAACAAAAGAAACUGUGUAGUUUUAGGAAGUGUGCCUUUUAAUUUUAUUUGCAUGGUCUGGCUGAGCAGCACAAUAUCUGGUACUAUGUACACAUUUGGAAUUGUAGGUAGAUACCAUGUAGAUAUUAGCCUUGCAUGUAGAUAAACAUACAAAUGCCUGUGGCAGAGGCAGGAAAAAACAUUUGAGCAUUAAAGGAUCACUAUAGUGUCAGGAAAACAAAGCAGUUUUCCUGACACUAUGUCAUCCUUGAGGGGCCGUCAACCUCCGGGUCUCCCUCUCUUAGCGCUGAAGGGGCUAAAACCCCUUCAGCAGCUUACCUUCAUCCAGCGCCAGGCUCCCUCUGCGCUAGUGACCUCUCCUCCCUCGCCGACUUCAGCUCCCGAGUGGAGUGGAAUGUGCAUGCGCGGCAAGAGCCGUGCGCACAUUCAAACAGUCCAUAGGAAAGCAUUUCUCAAUGCUUUCCUAUGGACGCUCUGCGCAAUGGAUGCGAAAUUCGCAUCAUGCAUCGCAGAUGCCCCUCUAGCGCCUGUCAGGUUGGCUUAACCCCUAAUGUAAACAUAGCAGUUUCUCUGAAGGGUUAAAACCUGAGGGACCUGGCACCCAGACCACUUCACUGAGCUGAAGUGGUCUGGGUGACUAUAGUGUCCCUUUAACAGAGCUUUGAUUUCAGGUCAAAUUAUGUAUCUAAAGGAGCAAAUGCAAAAUUAGACAAUAAGGAGAAAGAAAUAACGUAAAAUGUAGCAAUGAGAUGGGAUAUUCCAUUGGUUUCUGUGAUGAUUGCUCCAGUUCUAAAGCUUUUGCCCCAGAUCUGAAUUUUGAUUAGAUUUUGUCCACCAUCCACACUAUCUCCUAACAGGCUUGUAUGAUAUUUUCUGCAGGUCUGCUGGUGCCUGCACAGCUGCUGCCUUCCUGAAAGAAUUUGUUACAGCACCUCACUGGGCUCAUCUGGACAUAGCUGGAGUGAUGUCAAAUAAGGACGAAGUUCCUUACCUGCGCAAGGGCAUGGCUGGACGCCCGACAAGGACAUUAAUAGAGUUUGCUUCUCGUUUAAGCAAUGACAAGAAUACAACCUAAGGGACUAAAUAAGUGCUAAAAAAAAAUGCUGUGUUGGUAACUCUUGUGUGGGUGUAAAAUAUGUUAGAAGGACAUUUUUACAAAGUCUAUUUUGAUGACUAUAUGAAUGUAGAGAAUAUUAACGAACAUGUACUAAAUCAUAUUAAAUAAAAAACCAUUAAAUACUUUG